CCCCGAGGCAUGCAGACUGCUUCUACAAACAUUUGUGAAAGAAUUGGUCGCUCUCCGGAGCUCAGUGAAUUCAGGCGUGGUACUGUGAUAGGUUACCACCUGUGCAAUAAAUCCAUCUAUGAAAUUUCCUUGCUAAUAAAUAUUCCACGGUCAGCUGUUAGUGGUAUUAUAACAAAUUGGAAGCUGCAACUGGGAACAACAGCAACUCAGCCACGAAGUGGUAGGCCACGUAAAAUGACAGAGCGGGGUCAGCGUAUGCUGAAGUGCAAAGUGCGCAGAAGUCGCCAACUGCAGAGUCAAUAGCUAAAGACAUCCAAAGAUGGUGUGGCCUUCAGAUUAGCACAACAUCAGAGCUUCAUAGAAUGGGUUUCCAUGGCCGAGCAGCUGCAUCCGAGGCUUACAUCACCAAGUGCAAUGCAAAGCGUCGGAUGCAGUGGUGUAAAGCACACAGCCACUGGACUCUAGAGCAGUGGAGACAUGUUCUCUGGACUGACCAAUCAUGCUUCUCAGUCUAACAAUCCGAUGGACAUGUCUGGGUUUGGUGGUUUCCAGGAGAAUGGUUCUUCUCUGACUGCAUUGUGCCAAGUACAAAGUUUGGUGGAGGGGGAUUAUGGUGUGGGGUUGUUUUUCAGGGGUUGUUCUUGGCCCCCCCAGUUCCAGUGAAGGGAACUCUUAA